CGUCCCGGGUUUAUAAUUUAGUAUAUAUUGUUUGUUUCCUCCCAAGUCAAGAGCACAACGUGUUUUCACUAAUCUUGUUUGUCUUGUCCUCUCAUGGAGUAAGCUUCAUCGCUUUUUUUGUUUUGUGUUCAUAAAUUGAUUGAUAUGUUUGAUUAUCAUGUACGCUAAAUGUCAUUGGUAAAUAUUUUGUAUAUUUUGCAUAAUUCUGCAUCAUUAUCUGUUAUGUUUGUAACCGGUGUAUUUAAAUAUGGCGGAUCGUUUAGGUCAUUUUUAUAUACUUAGGUACCAUAUCAAUUUACUGUAUUGUGUCAUUUUCUAUUCAUCAAGUCUGUCAAUGAUUAAUAAUCACAGUUAAUAAGAAGUUGAUUUGUCAGUUUAAUAUUUUGUUGUGAAACCUGUAAUUUGAUUGUGUCUAAAUGUGUGUCAUUUAUUUGUAGUUUAUUACCCUCUUCCGAGAGGUAUGUGAAUAAAGCAUAACAGCACAGUAAAAAAUCCACUUCUUGGACACAGACUCAUCAUGGUAGAUGCUCCGGCAUUAAGACAAUCCCGCAACAUUACAUCACCCGCCAUGGAACAUUUUGAGGAAAGAGUCAACCGAUACGUCUUCAAAUUGGGUAACCUAAAAAGGGACACUGACUCAAUUGUAAUAGACAUGGGGGAAAAUCCAGUUAUGAACUUUGAUCGUGCAAAGACUUACAAAGUUUCCCUAAACAAAUACAUGUUGCAAUAUGAAAAGGCCUCCGCGGAAUAUGCAACAUUUCUUCAAAGUCAGCGCCACGAAGCCAGUAGGAGAGAGGAAGCAUCCAGGUCCCUCAACGCCACUUCACUACACGAAAAGGUGACAGCAGUGUUAAAGCAAUUGAACUCUAUAUUACCUGAUACAAGAUCACAUAAGUCUCACUCUCUAUACAGUCACGGAUCCUCAUCUUCACUUCUCACAUCGGUAGUAUUGCAACACACCGCAAAGGUUGAAGAAGCACGGAUGAAAUUAAAGUAUGCCGAGGAGGAAGCGGAGCUGCCGAGGAGGAAGCGGAGUUGCUGA